AUGGAACCUUCGUAAAUUUCGUGCAAAUCGCACGAACGAUUGCAUCCGACAAUCGCGUUGAGAAUCUUUUAUUUUUUUUUUUUUUUUUUUCGCUUUGUCGUUUAUUUCACGGGGUGAAUCGUGACAGAUGUUUGCAAUUCACAUCGCAAAUCAAACAGUAAUCUGGGGAAAAAAAAUUGUAUCAUUUGUAUUCCGUAAUAAUGUAGUUGGCCUUUUCUGUUUUUCCUUUAAUUUCCAUCUUUCUCUCUAUCCCCCUCUCUCUCUAUCUCUCUCUUCAUUUUAUGAACGGUGGUCGCUUCCGUUAUACGGUACAAUAUACCAUUCUACACAUAGAUCAUAAUACAGUCGCGUAGGUCAGGGACCGAGAAUACGCACGAGUUGCCACGUGCUCGGCACCGUAUUUGAAUGCGCCUACUCUUCUUGUGUGGAGACGAUUAGUAGCUGUGUGUGGGAUCCGAAACAGCUACGAUCACCGACAUGGGUACAAAAAUUUCGGAAGGGCAACUGCUUCGAGUGCGCGACAUUUCUCGCCAGCUUGUUACUAGGCCAAGGAUACAACGCGUUCGUAAUAAGCGGUUACGCAUCCAGAGAACAAACGUUGUGCGAUUUAACGCGAAGAUCGUGCCCCUAUGUACCGCAACCGGACAAGCAAGUGGAACGAGAGUCGAAAGCGGGACAACCUGAAAUCACCAAGUACAAGCUUAAGCUGCCGACCGAGUACAAGAGUCAAUUUUUGUUAAAAUUGGAAGAAGAAGAGGCGAGGAAAUUGGAGGAGAAACUACUCUCGAACGAAAGGGAACAACAAAAAUUGAUCGAGGAAUUGGAGCAGCUUCCACCAGACGAGUAUUGGGGACACAGAAUACACGCCUGGGUAACGAUAUUGCCAGAGCUAGAAGGACCAAGGGACCAGGAGAUUCCUUGUCCACUUUUCAUCGAGCCUACCACUGGCGUGUCUUACGGAGCCGCAGACGACGACACAGCCCAGUUGUACUUUGGCGUGGAAAGUAUAUGGAAUGACAAGAAUUAUUGGGUAAACAUGCAGCCGUCGGCAGGAUCGUGCGCGAAUAUAGCGUGGGAUUUAAUGAAAGUGGAGCUAUGGGAACACUUGCUACCUGGUGAACCGUGGACGAUGCGCGGAGCGGAAGAGCUCGACGAGGAGUCCGGCGUGGAACACGAGAAACACCUGGACAUGCCAGUUUCAUACGUAGAUCAAAUAAAUAUCAGCGAAGCAGAAUUCGAGAGACGGUUCCCAAAUGGUACAAAAACGAUAUUUUAUAAGAAGACGAAAGUUGAACGCUAUGCGCCGUAUCUUCAGCCGGACGGCUUAACGCAAAGAAUCACCAUGUACGACGAUUACGAUUACACGAGUCCCAUUGAGCUGUAUGAAAAUUAUGCAAAUAGACCCGAUAAUCUCGUGGAAUCGCGAAAUGACAUAAAUAACGAUACAGUUGUAGAUUGCUAUGCAAGAGGCCGAGCAGAUCAAUGCAAAGGUGAACAUCGAUACUUUGUCAAGGCUCCCCAUGCAGUGGAUAGCGAGCGAAUUUUAGAUUUUUAUCAUAUUGCGCGCUUCGAUGGUCUAUCUAAAUUCGAAAUGCAUCCGAAUUAUUUGACGCAACACUUCGUCGACCGUGAUGAUUUCCUGUAUUAUCGAACAUCGUCGAGAAAUUUAAUAGAGACGAACGAAUAAAAGCAAGUAAAAACAUAGCAAUUCGUGAAUUUGCUAUUGACGAGAAUGAAAUACGUCUUACAUAUCAUUAUCAUCCAGGGCAAUUUACAAGAGCUAUGCGAACGUACAUAAAGCCAGCAUUAGCAGAAAGGGGUGAACGAUUGGUUCUUAAUCUAUCCAUGAUGCAUGGGUAUACUCCUCUAGAUGAAUCUGAGAAAUCUCUUAAUUUAUUGUACGAACUAGAGGCACAAUUAAAGGAGGAAGAUGUAUCUGUAUCUCAAAUUAGAACAGCAGAAAAAGAAAUGUACGCUUUUCUCGAGACAAGAGAGAAAGAAUAUUUGUUGCCAACAUUAUCAAUAUCCAUAUAUGAUAAACUCAGGGAGCCAGAGUUUCUGACGGAAGCGUUAGUGAAAACAAAGAGUCAGGAAGAUAUCACGGAAGAUGUAGAUUAUUUGAAACCGUAUCUGGCUCGUUUAGGAAACCCAUCGGAACUAUCGAAUAUUGACGCAUAUUUUAUACAAUAUUCGUGUCUCAAUGAUUACAAACAGUUGCUUGUACGAAGAGCGAAUAAGAUCUUGCGUGAGUUUGACAGAUAUUCGCAAGAAUUGAUAAAAACGCAAACGUUACUAACACAGGAAGGAGACGUAACCCGCGAAGAAGAAGAAAACCUAUUGGAGAAAAUAAAUGAAAUAAACUUUCACUUACAAAUGUUGGAAACCAGAUUAAAUCGUCAUAGAGAUUUAGUUCCUAUAAGAUACAAAAUGUUAAUGGACCACUUACAACAAAGUCCGCAUCUCGCGACACUCAGAGGUGACUCUAAGUGA